CCACCCGGCCGCAAAGAGGAGCCACAAAUGCCCCCUCCCUCUCCGUGAUCCAAACCACUCUCUCUCGGUGGGUCUUCUCCUUCUCACUUCGCCACCACACAGUGUCUUCUCUGAGCUCCAGAGAGGAAGCAACUCACCAUGUCCGUUGCCUCCAUUACCAACCCACCUAUCGGUGCCUCUCCUUCCCUUCCAAGAAGAAAGCUUACAAAGCUCAGUCCUUGCACUCAUCUCCCCUUCAGGCUGUCCCUUCCCAAGUCCGCCAUCCCACUUUCCGAGCCCCCGGCAUGCUUCCCUGCUGCCCGGUCGGCGAAAGCUUCGGUCUUCGUAGCCAGCGUUUCCUCGUCGGCCACCGAGUCUCAGCCUUCGAAAUCGGAAGGUGAAGAGGGUGGAGGAGGAGAGGAGCCGUACGAAGAGUACGAGGUCGAAUUGGAGAAGCCGUAUGGAUUGAAGUUUGCGAAAGGACGCGACGGGGGCACUUACAUCGAUGCAAUCGCGCCUGGAGGCUCAGCAGACAGGACCGGGAUGUUCACCGUUGGAGAUAAAGUACUUGCCACCAGUGCUGUGUUCGGAACAGAGAUAUGGCCAGCUGCAGAAUACGGCCGAACGAUGUAUACCAUUCGUCAAAGAAUCGGGCCUUUGGUCAUGAAAAUGCAAAAGAGAUAUGGGAAGUUGAUGGAUGCUGGUGAGCUUACCGAGAAAGAGAUCAUAAGACAAGAAAGGAAUUCUGGAGUUAUCAGCAACACAGUGAGGGAAAUCCAGAUGCAAAAUUAUAUGCGGAAAAUGGAACAGAAGGAUCGCAGGGAGAAUGAUCUUCGUGAGGGGCUGAAGCUUUACAGGAAUGGGAAAUAUGAAGAAGCUUUGGAAAAAUUUGAGUCAGUAUUAGGCUUGAAACCAGAACCAGAUGAAGCUUCAGUUGCAAGUUACAAUGUAGCAUGCUGUUAUUCCAAGCUUAAUCAGGUACAAGCUGGUCUUUCUGCUUUAGAAGAUGCUAUGGAAGCAGGAUAUGAAGAUUUCAAGACCAUUCGAAAUGAUCCUGACUUAGCAAACUUAAGAGCUUCCGAGGAAUUUGAGCCUCUCAUAAAGAAGUACGAUGAGUCCUUUGUCAAUGAGAAUGCCAUCAAUGCCAUCAAAUCAUUUUUUGGCAUAUUCAACAAGAAAUAGGCAUUUUUGCCUCUGGGCUGUGCUAGCUAAUUUUACAGCACAUCGCCAAAGGCCAACAGGACAACAAUUCAGUCAUACCACUCUGGUUUUUUGAGCAACAAAUUCUUAUUGCAUCUGCAGGUGGUUCUAAAGGUGAAGAGGCUGAAUUAUAGUUAAUGCUGCCUUUUCUUUUUCUCUUUUUUGUGUAUUAUUACAUCUAUAGCUACCUAGGAGAUCUUUGGAGAGAAUCUCUUGACAAGGAUUUCAGUUGAGAACUUGUGUACUUAAAGUUCAUGCUCCUCUGCUGUCCAAUUGUAUUCUUUUUCAGAUUUCUGAUUUGAUAAAACCACAUUUUUCUGAAUGA